AUGUGUUUUCCAGUUGAAGAAGGUGGAUUAGGAUUCAGGUCCCCUUUUGAUAUAUCCAAGGCUUUGAAUGCUAAACUAUGGUGGAGAUUCAGAACUUCCAAUUCUCUUUGGGCAAACUUCCUUUGGAAUAAAUACUGCAAAAAGCAGUAUCCACAAUAUGUUACAUGGAAAGGAGGAUCUCAAGUGUGGAAAAUGGUGUUAGAAGCUAGAGAUAGCAUUGAACAAGAGAUCUGGUGGGAAACACAUAGUGGUACUGCUAACAUCUGGUAUGAUAACUGGACUAAAUUAGGAGCAUUACACUAUGUUGUUCCUAAUGACUUCAUUAUUGAUGAUAGUAUAGAGGUUGUGAGUCACUUUAUUAUUGAAGAUGGAUGGAAUGUGGAAUUACUACAUCAUCAUUUGCCUGAGGAGGUUGCUAAUCAUGUUGUAAAGGAGCUGAAAGUCCAUAUUGAAGAAGGUCAGUGGGACAAGCCCUGGUGGAUGAUGACAAGUACUGGCAAAUUCACAAUUUCUAGUGUAUGGGAAUUAUUAAGACAAAGAGCAAACUACUCACAGGUUUAUAAGCAGAUGUGGAUAAAAGGGGUGCCUUUCAAGAUCAAUUUCCUGCUAUGGAGGAUGUGGAAGUUCAAGAUACCAGUUCAUGAGGUGUUGCAAAGUAUUGGGAUAUCCAUGAUAUGGAAGUGGAGAAAUACUACCAUGCAUAGGGGGACCUUGUCACUAUAUAGAGUAUUGCAUGAGAUCCAGGAAAGCAUUCAUAAGUUCUGUAGAGUUAAAUUCCCUGCAUGGCAGGACAAACCAUACAAAUGGGCUGAUAUAGUUAAAUAUGUGGAAAGUUUCCAACCUUGCAUCACCCGUGUUGUUAUAAGAUGGGACUUUCCACCUAUAGGAUGGUUCAAAUUGAACACUAAUGGUGCAACAAAAGGUAAUCCUGGUCCUAGUUCAACUGCUUUUUGUGUGAGAAAUGACUGUGGAGAUCUUAUAUAUGCUGAAGGAAAGAAACUUACUGAUGAUGGAUCAAGUUUGAUUGCAGAAGCUGUGGCUCUAAGGGAUGGUGUUGCAUAUUGUGAAAGUCACAAUCUGUGGCCAUUAAUAAUUGAAACUGACUCCUUAUCCAUGAAGAAGUUUAUAUCUAGUGAAUGGGAAGUGCCUUGGAGCAUUAUUCUAAUAGUUAAUGAGAUUAAUAGAAGAAUGAGGAAUCAGACCACAUAG